GAUGACCUCUGCUCAAAAGUAAACGGCUAUCUCUCCAGCCUUUCUCGCUUCUUCACUGCAAGGAGCCUAACCCUCUCCCCAACGAAAUCAACGGCGACCCUCUUCACCACCUGGACGAAGGAGGUCAGGCUUGAAUUAGGCAUUCACGUCGACGGCACACCCAUACCGACGGUGGACAACCCGAAAAUUUUAGGGGUUACCUUUGAUAGCCUGCUCUCUUUCUCCGCGCACACAACCGCAGUUGUCAACAAAGUACAGAGCCGCAACAAGGUCCUCAAGUCGCUCGCCGGCAGCACUUGGGGCAAAGACAAAGAAACGUUGCUGGCAACAUACAAGGCAAUUGGCCGGCCGGUUCUAAAUUAUGCUGCACCAGUUUGGUCGCCGGGGACUAGUUGGACGCAGUGGACGAAGCUACAGACUGGUCAGAACGCCGCACUCCGGACAGCGACUGGGUGCCUUCUGAUGACGCCUGAACAUCACCUACACAGUGAGGCCCAAGUGCUCCCCGUAAGGGAACACAACAAGAUGCUCUGUAAGCAGUUUCUUGUG